CUCUGCGCAUGCGUGGUUGAUCCCAACAGAACGAGCACCGUGAACACAAUGGAUUACCUUCAACAGCAGGACCCUGAAAGUCUGCCUUUUGAGGAAAACCCGGAGGUAAAAUUCUUCGGAGUCCAUCAGCAGGAGAAAGAUGAUAUGAACCAAACUACUGAUGUCCAGAAGGUUUUGGUGAUUAAAGAAGAAAUUCUCUAUGACUGGAGCUCCAGUCUGGACCAUCAGCAUCAAGAGUCCCUCCAAAUAAAGGAGGAACAGGAAGAACUCCUGACCAGUCAGGAAGGGGAGCAGCUUAAUAGGCUGGAGGAGGCUGAUAACACCAGGUUCCCAUUCACUGUUGUCACUGUGAAGAUGGAAGACAGUAAUGAAGAGAAACCUCAGACUUCACAUCUUCCACAGAACCAACCUGAUGACAACAGAGAGGCAGAGCCUCCAGCCAGCACCUUAGCUAAACAAAUAAAAAUGGAAACUGAUGGAGAGGACUGUGAAGGACCAGAACCAGCCAGAAACCCAAAUCUAAAGAGCCAUUUACAACCAAAAGUUAAUGGAAAGGCUUCUGACUCUUCUGACACUGACAUCAGUGAUGAUGAUUGGCAGGAACCUUUGUCAUAUCCUGGACCUGAAAUAAAAAACAGUGACAGUGAUCUGAAAAACACACCUGUGCCUCAGUUUUCUAAGUAUGUUGAAAGGUUUACACAGCAACCUUACAUAAGACUCCACCCACGAGAGAAGCUGUUUAAUUGUGAUAUUUGUGGUAAAAUGUUUAGCCGCAAAAUGCACGUUAAAACACACAUGAGAACCCACACGGGAGAGAGACCUUUUGGUUGUGAUGUUUGUGGUGAAAAAUUUGCACAGCAGGGAAACCUGCAGAGUCACCUGAGAGUCCACACAGGGGAGAAACCGUUCAGCUGUGAGAUCUGUGGUAAAAAGUAUAGACAGCAGGGGGUUCUGAGGACACACAUGAGAACUCACACAGGUGAAAAGCCAUUUGGAUGUAAAUUUUGUGGGAAACGAUUUAUCCAACAGUCUCAUCUCAAGGCACACAUCAGAAUCCACACUGGAGAUAAACCUUAUCACUGUAAUUUUUGUGCUAGCAGCUUUACCCAGAAGAAACAUUAUGAUGAACACACCAGAAGACACACCGGAGAGAAACCGUUUGGUUGUGAUUUAUGUGGAAAACAGUUCAACCGACAGGAACACCUGAAGAGUCACAUUACAAUCCAUACAGGAGAGAGACCAUUUGGUUGUGAUAUUUGUGGAAAAACCUUCAACCGGAAGACUCGAUUUAAGGCUCACAUGACCCUUCACACUUGAUAGAUGCUGUUUGUUGUGAAAGAUUAAUUACCCAAGUGCCGGUGGGCCGGGUCCUUCGAAGAUGCGGCCUCUGAAUUUGGACAUUGUGCGUCGAUAUAAUCUGUAUGCCUGGAAUUCGUGCACUGAGAAAGAUUUCACAGUGCAAAG